AUUGGUACUGGGGGCAAGAUGGCGGCUGGGGUUGAGGUCAACAUGGCCGCCAUUGAUGCUGAGGGCAAGAUGGCGGCCAUUGGGGGCAAGAUGGCGGCUGGGGUUGAGGUCAAUAUGGCCACUGUUGGGGCUGGAGUCAAGAUGGCGGCUGCUGGGGGCAAGAUGGCCACUGGGGUUGAGGUCAACAUGGCCGCCAUUGAUGCUGAGGGCAAGAUGGCAGCCGUUGGAGACAAGAUGGCCGCCAGGGGUGGUGAUAAGAUGGCCGACGGCCGUGGGCCAAGUGGCCACCGUGGCCUUCUGGUGGCCACUGUCGGCCAUGAUGUGGCCACCGUCGGCCAUGAUGUGGCUACUGUCGGCCAUGAUGUGGCCACUGUCAGCCAUGAUGUGGCCACUGUCGGCCAUGAUGUGGCUCCUGUCGGCCAUGCUGUGGCCACUGUCAGCCAUGAUGUGGCCACUGUCGGCCAUAAUGUGGCUACCGUCGGCCAUGCUGUGGCCACCGUCGGCCAUGAUGUGGCUACCGUCGGCCAUGUUGUGGCCACGAGCCGCCCGUUCCCGUGCCCUCUCUGCUCUCGGCGCUUCUCGGCGCCCGCGGGACUGCGGCGGCACCAGCGGCGGCACCGGCACCAGGACACGCCCCCUCCUUAGGACACGCCCCUUCUCUAAGCCACGCCCACACACAGGACCAUAGAGUGGCUCUGGCCACGCCCCCUACACCAGACUGAUGGGGCGCUUUGGCCACGCCCCCUCCGUAAAGCGCAUAGGACUUAUCUGGCCACGCCCCCUUAAGUCGAGGCCACGCCCCCUCCGUAACACAGAACGCUGCUUGGGGGUUGGCUACGCCCCCUCCUCAGCCCCCGCCCCCUUGACCCGAAGCCACGCCCCCACCCAAUAUAAUGACACUGUAUGCCCCCUUCAUAAGCCACGCCCCCCGUGCUUUGGCCACGCCCCUUCAGCAGCCUAUAGUGACGUUCUGGCCACACCCCCUCCUUGCCACGUGGCAGUUGGGUGCUUUGGCCACACCCCCUACUCAAGCCACGCCCCCAUGCCCCCCCGCACACGUUCGGGGGUUGACCACGUCCCCAUUCAAGCUCACAGGGCUUUCUGGCCACGCCCCCUCGGGCAAAACCACGCCCCCUCACUGCCCAUAGUUAUGCCCUUCCAGCAAGCCACGCCCUUUUCCAAGGGGCGGGUGCCCUCAAGGGGGCGUGGCUUAUUUCCAUGGUGGGCGGUGUCUCGCGUGGCCACGCCCCCUCCCGUGUGUGAAUGAGGAA